CGAACGCAAAGUUGCAACACGCGUUACUACACCAGCUCACGAGCGCCAAUGGCAUUUUUGUAAUAGUCUCUAGCAUCCAUCACGAUAAAUUCGACCACGGCGAACGCAAAGUUGCAACACGCGUUACUACACCAGCUCACGCGCGCCACUUCGUCUUAACCAAAUCCUAACGCGGUUCUUCUGAUUUCUACUUAGAUUGAAGUUUGAUCUAAAUUUCUACUUUGAAGAACUUGAAGAUUUGGAUUUCCUUUACUGUCUAAGGCUCUGAGCAUUCUGUUGGGCAAGUACGCAUUAAUAGCAAAAUUGGAGUAUUCUAACCAUCGGAGAAGCUGCAGAUAUUGCUUGCUGCGCUUUCAAUUACUCCAACCUACAACGUAUCUGGGAGAUUGUGGAUGAUGUGCAGGCGAGAUGCAAAGGUGGGCAAGUGAAGAGGCUAAAAAACUGAAACAUUAUUUUGGAGUGGUUUUGUUAAAGUUAGAAACCACGUUGGCUUAAUUUAAAAACUGAUCAAAGCAGGCUUUUAUUUUUAUUCUCCGCCUUGCGGGGAGGUAGAUGAACCCAGCUCUUGUUUUGUCUCAUAAUUACACUUCGCUUUUAUUCUUUUUCUUUUUUCCUUUUUAAUUCCAGGUCUGAUGUGUUUUUCUCCAGGAUACCCUUUCAUUACGCGUUUUUGAAGAGUGUAGUGGUAGUGGUAGGUUUUUUUUUUUCUUUUUUUUUUCUGAACUUUCGACUUUCUUGUCCAUUAGGCGAUGCUAGCUUGCAAAUAUGGUGGAAGUGAAGGGCAAAAGUAUGGGAUGAAGACUCAAACUUGCACAAAUUUUGGACUCAAAUGCUUAAUUAAAGUCUUAAAUUAUAUGAAAAUUUAAAAUUAAAUUUUAAUUAAAUAAAAAAUAUAAAUAUAAAAAUAAUUAAAAUUUUAUAUAAAUAUAAUAAAUAAAAUAUAAGUGAAUUUUUUUAUUUUUAAGCUGUUCAUCUUUUUGAGUGGUAGUGCUAAGUAGUGGUAGUGCUUCUCUUUUUUCUUUUUUUUUUAAGAUUUUAAGCUUUUUAUUUUUAAUAACUACUAGAGGGAGCCGUAGUGAUGGGGCAGUAGGUAAGGUUAGGCCGUGGUAGUCGCAGUGCGGUGGAUGUUAGUGUGGCAGGUAAGGUUAGGCAAGAGUAAUAAUUUUUUUUUUGAACGGCAAAUCUAUAUGGCUACUCCAAAUCCAUAAACAGCCCUAAAUGACGGGGCAUGUCGACACAAAAAUCUUUAAAAAUCUUAUACAUCAAUACAAAAGCAAUCUACUGUAUGUCACCCCAAGUGCUAAAAGCCCGACCCCUGCACUAUAAUUCUUCACAUUCCCUUCUUACCUCCUUGAAUUGACUUCAAACACAACAUAGGAUUUUGCAUCCAAUCCAAACUGAAAAACAUACACCCCGCCAGCCUUCCUCUAAUCCAAGAAAAUUGUUCGAAUCUGGAUGGGUCAAAAAGCUUUUCAACAACUGAUUCCACAUGUCUGAAAGUUUCUUCAUUCCUUGCUAACCAUACUGUCCAUCUGAGGCCAAACCAUAGAGCCUCCCAGCCCCGUCUAACCCCUUUUUUUUUUUUUUUUUGAGAUGAAAACAUGCUGGCCAAAAGCCUCUCUACAAUCAUUAUGA